ACUGUAUGCGAGGAGACCGAGAGGGUGAAGACAGGACUGUGUGAGAAAGACAAUGGGGAGGGGGAGUGCAGGUGCAGCUUCCAUGUGUAUUUCAUUUUAAAUGUAAAUGCAUAAUCAGUUCUGCCUAAGUUCUGCGCACAGUCUCUACUUUUAAAAAUAAGUAACAACUGUGGAAAAAAAGAAACACACAUGACAAUUUUGCCGUUACUUCGCCUGAGCUCACCGCCUGCAGCCGACCGGGAUUGACUGCCAGCAAUCUGAUCCUGUAAAGACUGACAACCAAUAGGAAGCGGAGUGCGGUUCGUUUCCAUGGGAGGCCCCGGGAGGCGACGCCAAAACCGCCAGAAAGCGACACAGUGAGCGGGGGAGAAGGCGUAGGCAACAGCCGGGACUGCGGAGAUCCUGCAGCCGGUCCGUGGAACGCUGCGCGCGGAUGGUAGUGUUAGAAGCUGCAAGAAAAUCGGAGCUGUGAGAAGCCAGCAAAUGACAGAAAGAGAAAAUUCAUUAAGUCCGACCUGGUUCUAGACUCCGAAGAGCUCUUCCAAGACCUCAGUCAGCUGCAGGAGACUUGGCUAGCAGAAGGAGCUAACACGCUGCACGCCAGCCGCUGCUGCCGCCACUACCUCCACUAGAGCUCUGCUGUAGCCUACCAGCUCUCUCAUUCGCUCUCUCUCACACUAUCAUUUGCUCUCUCUCCCCUUCUCUCUCUCUCUGCUUCCUCUCAGCACACCUUUCUAUCUUCUAUAGCUUUACCAUCACCUUGUCUUCUUCAAUUACAUAUCUUGGCUCGGUUAAAAAAGAAUGGAUCUAUGAUUUUUUUACUUUUUAUUUUUUAUUCACAAACUUCCAAAACACCAGUCUCUCAAAGCGACAAGCUUUUUUUCAACAUCCAUCCAUUUCUUUCAUUUUUCAUAAAUAUAUAUAUAUAUUUUUUUUUUUCUCUAAUGGCAAGUUUUGCUCUUUGUGGUCUAAGUGAGACGUGAUGCUUCAGGAUUUAAGUGCAACCGUCCUCUUUCCGCCGUGUCUGCAGCACAGAAGUUUUGCUCAAGUUCCCGACAAUGACGAGCAGUUCGUCCCAGACUUCCAGACUGAAAACUUGGCUUUCCACGGACUGCAGCUGAAGAUCAAGAGGGAGCUGCACAGCCCGUGUUCAGAGCGGAGCUCCAACUGUAGUCAGGAGCGGCCCUUCAAACUCCAGUAUGGAGAGAAAUGUCCGUACAGCAUCAGUGCCUAUGAGCAGAAGCAGCCCACAGGAAUGAAGCCCUCCAGCCCAGUGACACCCCCCUGUAGCACCCCUGUGUCCCCCCUCCAUCAUGGCUCACCCAUGGCCGCCCCGACACCCAAACCAGACAGGACCUACGUCCACAUAUCGCCCUCUCAGCCUCUCCCUGAUAAUGCCUACACUAUAGACCACAGGUUUCGACGUCAGCUGUCAGAGCCGUGCCACUCAUUUCCCUCCCCACCGACGAUGGCUCGGGACGGCCGACCAAUCUACCACAGGCAGAUGUCUGAGCCCAACAUCCCCUUCCCACCUCAAGGCUUCAAGCAGGAGUACCCAGACCCCCUCUUCGAACAUCCGGCCAUUAUGGGGGCACCGCUUCCUCAUGUAUACCCUGCCAGCAUGAUGAUCAAGCAGGAGCCGAGGGACUUCACAUAUGACUCGGAAGUGCCUAGCUGCCAUUCUGUCUACUUACGACAAGACGGCUAUCUGGCUCACACUAACAGGACUGAAGGGUGCAUGUUUGACAAAGUGGCGAGGCACUUCUACGAUGAUACGUGUGUGGUGCCGGAAAAGGUUGAAGGUGACAUCAAGCAGGAAGCUGGCCUGUACCGCGAGGGGCCGUCGUACCAACGCAGAGGUUCGCUGCAGCUCUGGCAGUUCCUGGUGGCUCUACUGGACGACCCAUCCAACUCCCACUUCAUUGCCUGGACCGGCCGCGGUAUGGAGUUCAAACUCAUCGAGCCAGAAGAGGUGGCACGCCGGUGGGGGAUACAGAAGAAUCGACCGGCAAUGAAUUACGACAAACUCAGCAGAUCACUGCGAUACUACUAUGAGAAGGGAAUCAUGCAAAAGGUGGCUGGUGAAAGAUACGUCUACAAGUUUGUGUGUGACCCCGAGGCCUUGUUCUCCAUGGCGUUCCCUGACAAUCAGCGGCCGGUGCUGAAGACGGACAUGGAGCGGCAGAUCAACGAGGAGGACACGGUGCCUCUGUCGCACUUUGAUGAAAACAUGGCCUACGUGCAGGAGGGGCCCUACUGCCAGCAGCACCCCUACAGUGAGGGCUACGUUUAUUAACGUCAGCUCCACAGACACACACUCAGACACAGACACCACCAUUCUGCCCUCCUCCCCCAACCUCCUAAUUCACAGCCGCUCCAGGAAUAAGAUUGAACACACACAUGCGACGGAGCUUACCCUUUCCUCUGUCUGUCUCACAUAAAUACACACCUCCUCUAUUUUGCUCUUUCUGACAUCCAAGCCGCACGGCAGGAUGGAGAGUGCACUUUAUGGACAGGAAUGGCAUCUGCCAGGGACUAGCUAUGUGGUUGGCUUUUUAAUCGUUGUUUCUGUUUGUACAUUAAUGUCAGAUUCUGUUUGUUUGUUUGCUUGUUUAUUUGUUUGUUUGUUUUUACUUUUAUGAUUACAAGCAUAUGCCAUCCUGGUGAGACCGGACACGAUGGCUAAUUCAUGGGCCAUAAUCCUAAACCUUUGAUCUUCUCUAGAAGAAACCGCAGCAAAUCGAAGGGUAUUCAUUUUCAUUUAGUUUAAUCAACAACCAUUCUGUCCUGGGAUUGUGUUGUAAUGAUACUUUCAUGGUGAAGUGAUUAUAGACUUGAAAAGUAAUGUGAUAAAAGAGACUUUUAGCUGUCAGUAUGAACUGCCUCGCCAUCAGUCUGAACACAGCUGAUCUCUGCCCCUCAUUCAGUCAAACUGUAGCUCUCAUCAUAGGUGUUUUUGCUGUGAUCAUGACCUCCAUAAAAACACAAACCUUUUGGGCUGGUAAAGAUAAGACUUUGGGACACAAUGAUGCAAUGGAAAUGUAAAGACAAAAUGUACGAAUGAAAAUACACUCUCUGUUUUUAGGAAUAUCAACAAAGUUGACGGCCACUGUAAAAUAAUUAAUUCCCUGUAAACAGCAAUGUCCUUUCUGUUUCUGAAAAGCCGCCAUCACUCAUUUGUCAUUCAGGUGUUCAGUUUUUCAGUGAAUAACAGGUGUAUGUACAGUUUGAAGUGGAGGCAACAAUCAAAGUUAAUUCAGGAUAAUGUUUGCAUCCUCAAAUAAAAUAAAAUGCAAUGGAUUUCAUUGGUUCCACAAUAAAAAAAAAGUUAAAAAGACAACAUAAAAUCACAUUUUUUUUCCUAGUUUUGUUCCAGAUGAACAUAAGGUGGAUGUUUUGCUUGAAAAUCGCUUUUGGGUUAUAUUAAAGAAAAGGAAGAACUAUUUUGAGAUUUUAUUGUGAUGAAUAAAACUAAAAUCAUGUUAUGUCAAAAAUGUUCCGUUAUGUAAUUAGGUAAAUGCACAUUUUGUUUCUGCUUCAAAAUGUAAGUGUAUUAUUAUUUAAUCUAAAAAAUCAAAUCUAAAGAAGAAAGCAGAAGACGUUCAGCAGCAAUGGCCUGCUAUUCUGGAUUUUGUAUGUUAUUUCUUUUUAUUUUAUUUCAGUUAAAGUUUUAGAAAUAAUCUGGUCUGAGUUUUGUUCACUUGUGUGGGGUGAGAUUGGCAAUAGGAAAGAUUCUGUAAUAAAAUACUUCUGAAAAACAAAA